GGCAAUAUAAUACUCCCAUCACUUGUAAGUCCCAUGAAAAAAAGAAAGUGGUGAGUUGAGAUUUCUCCCAUUAGGCAUUACCUACUAGUUAGAUUUUGAGUUGAAAGCGGAAACAACACUUGAAAUAAAUAACUCAGAACCACCAAAAAAAAAAAAAGAAAAGAAAAAAAAAGUACUGAGAUGAGGAUGGAGGAUCCGAAUGAUGAUGAACCUGUUGGGGUUAAAGAUGCAGCGGGACAGGUGAUUGAGCUACUGACAAAGGGAUCAACGUUGCUGAAGACAAUCUCCAUCUUAGGCAUGCCAGGACUUGGGAAAACUACGCUAGUGAAUUCAGUAUAUAAUCAUCGUUCAAUCACUAGCUAUUUUCGUGUCCGCGCUUGGUGUUGUGCAUCUCAGACUUAUGAACAUGAGGCCCUGUUGUCCGAGAUCUUAGCUCAAAUCGUGGGGGAAACCAAAGAAAAAGACCUGGCUCAACAGCUUUACCGUUGUUUAAAAGGGAGGAGGUAUCUGAUCGUGAUAGAUGAUGUCUGGGAUGAUCAGUUGUGGAUCAAGCUGAGUCGCAUCUUGCCCGAUGAUAGCCGAGGAAGCAGGAUUUUUAUUCACUACUCGACUUCGUGUCGUUGCCUUGGGACCUAAUAGCACUCUUUACGACCUCCGGCUGCUUUCAAUGGAAGAGAGUUGUGAACUACUACUGUCAAAGGUAUUUGAUCCUCAACAACCCUGUCCUCCUGAGUUUUUGAAUACCUUAAAGAAUAUCGCCAGGAUUUGCAAAGGGCUUCCCCUUGCGGUAGUUCUUAUUGCAGGGAUUCUGAAAAGGACGAAAAGGAAUCUUGAUUCUUGGAGAGAAGUUGCUGUAUCAGUGAUGGAAUUCGACCGUAGACAGGAACUGGGCAUGGAGGAAUUGACCCGCAUUUUGGCUGAGCUAUAAGCACUUACCGGAUUUCUUGAAGCCGUGCUUCCUUUAUUUUGGAUCAUUUCCUAAGACCAAUAAUAUGAAUGCUGUCUCAAAGUUGAUACGGUUAUGGAUAUCUCAAGGAUAUGUACAUCAAAUAAAUAAGCUGGGCAGUUUAGAGCAAAACGCUGAGGAUUACUUAAACGAGCUUGUUGACAGAAACCUUGAGAUGGUAGCCCGAACAAGCUCCCGAGGUGGAAUCAAAGUGUGUCGUGUUCAUGAUGUGCUGCUAGAAUUUUGCACAGCUAGACUCUCUGAAGAAAAGUUCUUGUCCAGGGAACAAAUCCCAGGUGGUGGAGACAGUGGAGAUCUUAUUCUCCAAGGCCCUUUUGAAAACCAAAUCCAGUCUUGCUUGUAUCAAUGCGGUUCAUAUCGUGCAUAACCGGGGAAACAGUUGGCAACCAAGGAAUAAUGCGCAACACGCUCCCCAACAGGCGCUAGAUGGGGGACUACAACCACUCCAACAAGUUCUUCCACUAGAUUCUACUAAGCAAAUUACUCAUAAUGUCGGGACCAUCUACGGUGCGUCUCUCGAGGUUCUCUCUACCAUAGCUUUGAAGGCAUCGGUGCGAGAAGUAACUAAAACUCCUCCCCAAGAGCCUAGCCAUAAACGAUUCAAGGGAACCGAGGCAAUAGUAUUCACCAACAAUGACGUAGUCCCUGGCAUCUGUCCACAUAGCGAUAUCAUGGUCAUUGAAGCCAUUAUCGAAAACGUUCACUUAAGUUGCGUGUACGUUAAUAAUGACAAUGCAGUCAACAUCAUCUACAACGACUGGUUUAAGAAGAUGAACAUACAAAAUUCAAAUUAGCGUCCAGCAACAUUACCACUAAUGCGUUUCUCUGGGCACACGAUCAUUCCUAGCGGAAUCGUCAGACUUCCUAUCACGGUAGGGUCGCAUCCUCGAAUAGUAACCUGACAAGCCUCCCCCCCUCUUAGAGGAGGACUCGCCAUUUCUUCAAUGCGACUGGCUGCUGCAACAGGUAGGUUCUCUCAAGUUUUGUCUUUGAUGAGCAAGAUCAGUACUACUGGCAGGGAACUGUCUCAGAAGUUAUCCACCCCUUUUAAACGAGUCAAACCACCUAGGCAGUUAGUUUAUGGUUUUGUUCUGCAGUACAAACUGCUCACAGUGUUGGAUUUGGGAAAUGUUCGAUUUGGGAGUGGAACAUACCCUUUGGAUCUUGUCAUGAUAGCUGAGCUGGAGCAUCUUCAGUACUUAGCUAUCCGGCUUUACGGAAAUGAACUCCCUGAGGAAAUAGGCAACCUCCAAAAACUUGGAGACUUUUGUUCUAACUGGAGUAAUUGGUAUCAUCCAGGUAACGGAAUCUGUCUGGAAUUUAAACUGUUUGGGGCAUCUCUUAUCAGAUCACGGUUUUUUCAGUUUCCAACAUUGCAGCAAAAACAGUUCUUUUACAAUUACUCCAGGAAAGAUAACAUGAAGUCCAUUUCCAGCCUUCUUCUGCGGCGUGGGAGCGAUGUUGAGAAGUUCAUCUUGAGGAAGUUUCAUGGAAUUCAGAAAUUAGGAUGCAAAUUCUUUGCGAAUUCAUGGGACGAGUUUGCUGGUAGUAGUACUUUUCCAGAGUUGCACUAUUUGACUGAACUCAAAUCCCUCAAGAUCUUUUUCGAUGGGAAGGUCCGAUGUGCCUGUAAAUUUAGUUUCCCAUCAAACCUCACAAAGUUGUCAAUGUCGAAUUCGCAACUGCCCUGGAAUCAAAUUUCAGUUAUUGGGAAGAUGGUGCGGAAUCUUGAAGUCCUGAAACUACUCAACAAGGCAUUUCAGGGUCAAAAAUGGUUUACGGGAACUGGCGAAUUCCCAAAACUGAAGUUCUUGAAGCUAGAAUCUCUAGAUGUUGACGAAUGGGACGUCUCUGAUUCCGAUCAUCUUCCAUCCCUCGAGCAACUGGUAAUAGUGAACUGUGAGAAGCUGGAGGAGAUCCCUUCUUCCGUAGGAGAAAUUUCUACUUUGAAGUUGAUUGAGAUGAAAUGGUGUAGCUCUUCCGCCAUGGCUUCUGCCACACAAAUUCUGGAACUUCAGCGCGAUCUCUCAAAUGAUCAUCUCAGGGUCAACCUCAUUGGAUGUGGAGAACCAAACAUGGACGAAGAACUCUCUAUCGGACAUACUGAAAUUGUGAGACUGAGAGGACUCGAUAUUGAGACGAUAGCUCAAGUGUACACAGUUUAAACGAAUAAGGGAAAAGACAGCUAAUCUGAGCUAUAUAACCUUUUCAGUUAGAGGUGAAGUUUGGGAAUCAGGUCGAAGGCCUAGUCUCGUUUUACUAGACUCCAUUAAAUCACCAGAUUUUUAUAUACCCCCAUGUUGCUAGGAUUGUUGAAAUCGCUUUAUGUUCAUACGACGAUGAUUCUGUACUACCUUCAUCAGUCUCAGUGAAAGAUUUUGCAAACUUUCACGGUUCUACCUCAAAGUGAUCAGGCAGCAACCCAGAAGUUGAAGGAGAGGAGGUUCUGGAAAAAUCACUUCCAUAGAUAUUUAGGUUCCUCGUAUGCUUGCAACUAUUUGAACAAGAAAAUAAACUUGUCAUGUAUUGGGGAGUUGCCAGCGAAUCUUCUGACCAAAAUGCUACUGAGGGGGGUGGGGCUUCAAGCCGGAUAUCAUCAGACCUAAGGCGCUGACACUUUUGGCAUGUCAUCACAUCGGCAGCUAGAGAGCUGAAGAACCAGAAGGAUUGCUUGAAUUUAGUGCCAGACUGUUGCAAGAGGAAAGGUUUGAAGAACCUUCUGUCAUAUUGUAACCAUUUGGUCCGAAAAAAGUGUCCCCUAGGGACACCGCCAUUUGGUUGACAAAGAGUUUUAAGGAAAGCACUGCAAACCAGCUGGUAGAUCAACCCUUGAUUUGCCAACCAAUCGAAACGGUAGUUGUCACCAUUGAUCUGGUGGUUUCUUAGCCUUUCUCACGAGGUAUAAGCAGAAUAUAGAAGGCUUAGGUUGAGUAGUAGGCGGAACUUGUAUAAUACUCUUCGUAGACAGUAAGAUGUAUGUAAGCAGUAAGCUAACUCAAAAUCUUAGGCAUCAUACUUAAAUGAUGGUAACUAUCAGGCUGUUAGGCUAUGUUGCUUGAAAGCAGAAACUUAAUUCUCUGUUUCUUUCCUGAUUUCGGCAUUGGAGGCCAACAUCGA